AUGUGCCAGAAAUUUAUCAAAUCAUACUAUGAAAAGGAAAAUAAGCUUGACCCUUCCAAAGUGUGGGAUCACAUGUCGUCACUGGACCCUGCGGAAAUGCAGGUCAUCGCAUCCACCCUCGAAGGUUUGGAGCCGUCUGACGAACAAUUGUCUGCCUUCGACUAUGCGAAAGCUCCCAUGCGCAGGAACUCGUACUGGGUCAUGCAGCUCAUACCCAUGUGGUUCCAAGGGGAAGAUCCAAAGGAGCGUCGCGAUGAGUACUUCCCAGGAAGUACGCCCGUAUAUGACAUCAGCAUUAAUGAUGACCAAUACACGUUUGUUAUACGAGAGACAUGCCCAAAGGGUGAGCCAUCGUCCGACUCGCUACUGAAGUAUCUCAAACGGGCCAUCGCCUCCCCUCUCCCACCGAAGACUCCUGCUAUUCCCAACGUCCUAUGGCUUCAUCGCGAUCUCAGUCCCCACGUCGAUGCCCUUUGUCCGUUCCUAGACAGUCUUCCUGUGCCGUUCAGCUGGCGCAUGCAGCAGCCCGACGAAGGGGGAGAUGCUUCAGCAUACCGCGGCGUAGACAUGAGCAGCAUCGCGAGGUCGAUUAGACGCGCUGAAGAGAAAAAACGUCUCGGCAAUGCCGCUUUUGGCCGUCAAGAUAGUACCGCUGCCAUUGACCAUUAUUCCGGCGCGUAUGAGAUUCUCGCAGACACUGUUCCCCGGGAUCCUACGGACGAAGAGAAACCAGCGAUCCGCCGAUCCCUUGCCGUCUGCCUUGCGAACCGAGCGGCAGUGUGGCUGAUGGCUGGGGACGCGGGGGCAGCUUUGCAAGACGCAAAGGACGCUACCGACUUUGACUCGGACUACGGAAAGGCGUACUACCGCCAGGCGAAGGCAUACUCUCAAUUGGAUGCCCGCGAAAAGUCAAUCAAUGUCCUCAUCAAGGCGCUCAAAAGGCCGAAACUUGCAUCCGACGAGGGCUUGAUUGACGCACUCGUCGAUGUCUAUGGUGGAUUGCCUGAAUCACCCAAUGAGCUGCGCUCGUUCUGCCGUCGCCUCUUCAUCGACAGGAACGGCGACCGUCGUGCUCGAAAAGUUCCAGGCUUCGUGCGUAGAGUGGAUGCGCACGUUGAGAGGAUUCUGGGAUCGGAGUUCUGCGCCACUGCAGUCUGA